GAUGUGGUCAGAGAGGUGUAUAGGGGCCAGAUUAAUAAGGCUCUCAAUUGUUUAGAAAAGUACUCUUGGGUUGUUUUGAUGGUUAUUCAACCAAUUUCGAAAAAUAAGACCGUCGAGCAUUUAUAAUUGCGUUAUUGAAUAUCGUGAGAUGCCCCCUUAGAAUAUCAAGGUUGACAAUUUGUUUUUUCUCCAAUUCCGUUCAGCCUUUCUGCAAUUCCUCUAAAGAAUAAGAACGUCCGAUUAGCACGAUUGGCUACGUAUGGUGCGAAAGAAGUUCAAGGUGCAUGCAUACAUGUAAUGUACGAACAUUGUGUUGUUGCUAUGUGUCAUCGUAAUUGAGUAAUUUGCAGGUACUUUUUUUGUAUUCGGAGCACGAUGCCAGUGAACAGUUGCCGACUCUUUUCGAACUACAACGCGGGAUCUUUAAGGUCCACUGUGAAGCAGACGGAGAACAGCAAUUUAUGGUAAAUUUACGCCUUGCAGUAUUAAUCAGGGUGGCCUGCCAGAUUCGAACCGUGAACCUCCGCAACAAUCGGCGCACAUCCUACCACUGGGCUGCGUCAUUGCCCCCUUUCCCCCCCCCCCCCCACACAGAAAGUUCCUGCAGUUGUUUUUUACUCGGUGCUGCGUAGUCAUGUAAAAGUCAAAUUAUGAACUCGCCUGUCCUCCACCAAUGUCAUGCGAUGUACUCGUCCAAAAAUACCGAGCAGCCUCCACUCACGUGGUCUGGACCCUGACAUUGGGACCCUGGCCACUGUCGCCACAGCUUCACGGUGAGAACGUGCCGGAGGGAACGCUUACAGGUUUCCCACCCUUACGCGUAGCCAUGUAAAAAUACAAUUUGAAACUAAAAUGUUUUUUUUUAAAUGUGCUCAUUAUCUUUUGUCAGUGUCAGUAACGAAGGCCACAUGCUUUGCCACUUGUUACAGGUUAACGGCGCGUUGCGGCAUGGUUUUUCUUUCCACCGUGUUGCUAAACUGUACGGAAAUAUUAAGAAGCGGCAUAGUGGCCAAAUACUAUCGAGAUUGCACCUCCGAUUAGCGCAGUACGGCUACGUACGGUGCGACGAAGUUCAACAUGCGUACAUACGAGAUUGCUUAAUCGUUACUGCAGCUAAAGUAGAAGGGUGCCGUGAUUAAUUGACAUGCUCAAGAGCUGUAUCGCAAUGUGCACAGGCAUGUGGCUGGCUAUGGGCAGGCGUGGGGCAUCUAGUGUCCGUGUCGGGUUGCUGAAGGAAAUGUCACAGACGCGUGCUGGCAGCGUGCUUCUUUAAAGCACAACCACUGCACUGUACUUGAGAAUACAUUUGGCAGGGUACCAACUGAAAGACGUUUUAGUGUGUCUAAGUAUUGGAUCAAAACGUUUUCAAAACUCAAAAAAAUUCUAAAAUAUGCUUCCUCUGCCUAUAUUCCUUGAAUGGGAUUAAACUCAUAAAGCAUGAUCGGUAUUAUUGGAAACAAAAACAAUAGUCACCAAAAUUGCAAUCGAUUUAUCCGAACAGAUUUGAGCUCCAGACGGCCCUGGCUUUCUAAUGACAAAACCAACCCCGUGCCCUCUGCGCACGCACGCACGCACACACAUCUCGGAUCGGUGUGAAGGGCACGCACACACUUCACAAAACAUGGCAUCGGGCCACAGCCUCGAUGCGGAAGACUACAGCCUCUACAGCAGCCUGGGGGAAGAGGAGCUCAUCAGGAUGGCCGUGGAGCAGAGUCUGCAGGAGGUGUGUGGCGGUGACGGUGCCCCGGUCCAGCAACUCAACGCAGCCACGGCCACAGCGACCCCGGGCCUCCGCAGGCCGCCGGGGAGCCAGGGCCGCCGGGUCGUGUUCUCCCAUGGCUCGCAGGACCAGGAGGGCCUCUUUAAGCCUCCAACAAACAAAGUCAGUCCAUGGAGGAGCAUUCCACCACCAGUUCAAGAACAGAAAGGGCUGCUGGACCCGGUGUGGGAAGCCGUCUCCGCGGAUGACGGCACGGCGCUGACUCGGCUGCGACGCAGCGGCGCGGAGCUGAGGGCCGCCACGCCGCACGGCUGGAUGGCCGUGCACGAGGCGGCCUACCACGACAAGCCGUGCUGCCUCGGCAUCCUGCUCCAGGCUCACCCCGACACGGUGGACGCUCGCAGCAAGCAGAACGAGACGCCGCUCUACCUCGCCGCGUACCGUGGCCACGUGGCCUGCGUUCGCAUUCUGCUGGCGGAGAACGCCACCGUGGACGCCUGCAGGCACGUCAAGGAGACCCCGCUCUACAAAGCCUGCGAAAUAAACAACUCCGAGGUGGCGUCGCUGCUCAUCGCGCGCAGAGCCGACGUGAACUACCGCAACAUCUACGGCAACAUGCCGUUGCACGAGGCCACGUCGAAGGGCAACCUGGAGCUGGUGAAGCUGCUCGUCGCCUACGGGGCCAAGCUCCAGUUCAAGAACAAGUUCGGCAUCUGUCCCUUCUUCAUGGCGGCGCAGUGCGGGUGCCUGAAGGUCGUCCGGUACCUCGUGUCUCUGGGUGUUGAUGUGAACAGCGAGGCCUGUGACGGCACCACGGUGCUGUUUGAAGCUGCCAAGAACGGGCACGCGGACGUGGUGGAGUUCUUGUUGUCUCAGGGAGCCGACCCCAACCGACCUACCAAGGACGGGCUGCUGCCCAUACACGUGGUGGCAGCCAAUGGCAAUGAAGGGAUCGUCGAGCAGCUGCUGAUGCCCGUGACCGACGAGCGCCAGGUGAGGCGGAGCGGCAUCAGCCCGCUGCACCUGGCCUCCAAGAACGGCCACAGCGACGUCCUGGAGCUGCUCCUCAGCAGCGGCGGGCUGGACGUGAACGCGACGCUCUCCAUGGACCGCUCGCGCCUCUACGAGGACUGCCGCUCCACGCCCCUCUACUUCGCCAUCAUCAACGGCGACUACCGCUGCGCCGAGCUGCUCCUGGAGGCGGGCGCCAACCCCAACAUCGACCUCCUCAACCCGCUGCUGGUCGCCUCGCGCAUGCACGCCUACCCCCUGGUGAGGCUGCUGCUGAACCACGGGGCCAACGUGAACGCGUACAUCCCCGCGCGUCCCACCGCCUUCCCGGCCACGAUCAUGGUGUGCCUGCGGGACCUGCGCAUCCUCAAGCUGGUGCUGGAGCGCGGCGCCGACGGUGGCGCCUGCUUCGAGUGCCCCUUUGGCAGCGGGGAGCACCCGCCCCUGCCCGAGAAGCUCAAGCCGUGGGAGGAGAGGUGGCUCAACGGGCCUGGGAACGUCCUCCAGUUCUGUGAGAUGGUGGCGUCCCCAGAGAUAAACAGCUGGGCCGGGCCCAUCAUAGACACCAUCCUGCACUUCGUGGCCAACGUGCGCCUGUGCUCCAGACUUAAGGAGCAGCUCGACACUUUCCAGGAAUGGACCUUGGUCAAAGACAUUGCAGGCUGCCCACGACCGCUGGCGCACCUGUGCAGGCUGCAGAUCCGUGCCAGCGUGGGGUCUCAGCGAGUGGUUUUGUUGGAAAAGCUGCCCCUGCCUCGCCCCCUGCUCAACUACCUGCGCUACAAAGACGACGACGCCGACAGCGUGGCAGUCUGAUGGCAAUACAACUCCCCCCCAUUCGUUUAUUCGUCCACCCGUGUUGGGGAAUCGGUCCACCCAGAUGGACUAGCUAAUCAGUCUUACCCACAGUGUUCAACCAUAACAGUGCGGGUCAACGUACCUCUAUUUCUCCCGCUUCCCUCUUAUCGUUGAUGUUUCCAAGUUCUAAUAACUUUGCUCUGCCCACAUAUUAACUCUUAUUUAUUACAAGUUUAAGGGUGCUGUUUGUUGCUGGCUCCUUGGUAUUUUGGGCCACUAAUGCCUGCCGACGUUGGAGGUGAGGUUAGAAUUGGUUAAGUGGUCGGUGUCGUUUCAUUUUUUUUUGCCAAUUUGUAUUCCAAUUAUUCCGUACGAGUGUUACCCAAUGAGACAAAGGAAUGCAGGCCAGUUCUUCAACCUGCAGAAUCAUAUAUUGAAAACGACCAAUGACAUAAAUUCAAGUCACCUCCCGUAUCCAAAUGCCCAGCGACACCAUAUAUAUAAAAAUAUUGUAAAUCUAAGACCUGGACUAUAGCCAUAUUAAGUGAAACAAAAUAAUAAUGUAAAGUGCGUUUUUGUGUGUGCGGUCACUGUUGACUGUCUUGAGACCAUCACAUUUCUACACUUGAUAACAAGGAUUAAACAAGGGGUGACUGAAAUUCGUAUGUAAACUCAGGAUGACAACGGUGGGGAUUCAGUCCGACGAUUGAUUUUUCUACCCAGUCCACUUAGGUGCUCUUUUUUAUAUUUUAUUUGCCCCUCCACAUUCAUAGACGCAUGUUCUUGCUCUUUUUUUAUGCGUCCGUGUAUAACGAAGUUAAUGGAGGUUUCAUUCAUUAACUUUGUUUGGUUUGCACUUUCAUUUGGAUGACUUUUGAAAUGCUUUGCAUUAUUUGUGGAUGUCAACAAAAAAAAUGGUGCAAUACCUUUAGUACAUUUAAGCAGCAAAUUCAUUUCAAAAGACGCAGUGCUAUACAGUAAAGACAAAACAUCCUAAGUGCAAAUUAUGAAAAUAAUCCCAGCACUAUUUACGGUUAGAUGAACAGAAUAGGACCUUUUGUGGUAGUGUAAUUUUAAAUUAAAAAUAUAAAGGUAUACAUUUAAGAACCCCAAUAGAACAUAGCUUAUAAAUGUAUUUUUUUGUAAUUGCGCACCGUACCUUGAAAUAAUUUACUUUCAAGCACUUUUCAGUGAAACAUUAAUCGCAUAGAAAAUGUUGCGUGGAUUUGAAAGUACAUUUUUAAGUGUUUCAUGAACAGACAUGUUAAAAAUGCAUUUUCAAUUGUUUGUUAUGCUUGUUCAAUUAUAAUAAAGUGAAUUCGUGUGCACAUGGAAAUGUAUAUACAUCUUCACAUGAACACGACAACA